ACAUCUGUAACGAAAAAUUCAGUUAACAAGUAAUACGUCUUGUUAUAGUGAUUAAAUAUUAAGUCAUUCUACUCUGAUAUCACUGCUCAGCCUAUGUUUUAUCUGAAAAACCAGAUAAAAAUUCAAAGAAAUAGGAUUGCACUGCCUCAUAAUUCUUGAGUGUAAUGACACACCUCUUUUAGAGCAUUCAAUACUCAUGAAACCGUUACAGGAUUGGAACUGGAAUAUGAAAUCUGGGCCCAAGACCAAGACCUGAGACCGUAGAGGUUACUCAGCGCUGAAAUUAAUGCUGUAAACAGUCGUGGAAAGAAAAAGGAUUAGAUCAAAGGUGCGGUAAAAAAAAAAAAAAAAAAAAAUGAAAGGGGUUGCAGCUAGGGGUCGAAGGGACCGUGCAAAGAACCGUUAGUGAUGCCUACAUACCGUGCGGAAUCCGCACCAACGGGGAACAUGUCAGUGUGAAUAGAAACGUUCAAGUUUCACGAACAAUCUCAAAAUUCUUAACACUUUCAUCUUCUUAACCAUCAGGUGAAAUGAAGUUUCAGCGCCCCCAUGGAGGUUCGGUGUCAUCUCCGGCUGCGAGGAGAGUUUUUUUGAUGAUGACAAUCGGUUCCGCAAUAGUGUUUGGUUUUACGUAUAAAUAUGGUUCCGAUGACACGGAAAGUGAGAGCAGUACGAGGCGAUCAAAUGAAGCGGACGUUUCCACCCCAGAAGAGCCCCUUUUGGGACACCAUCGUUUACACCUGCCACCAGCCUGGGGACAGUUCCAGUAUAACGAGUUGCUGUCGAAUGCUCUCCUCACUACUCCAAUACUGAUGGUCGCGACUACCCAAGAUGAGAAAAUGCUAAGGAGAUCUAUAGAAAACGUCCUACGAGCGACGUCCGGCACAGGAAUGAAUCUCAUCCUGUCGCUGCAGAAGCCCUCGCAAAGGACGCUGCGCCUCCUGAGCCAGUACCCUCUGAAGAUUCACGAAGGUGAAGAAGACCCGGAAGAAAAGGAGGAAGACGGGGCUUUCAAUCCAGUGUCUUCGAUACUACACCGUUUUCGGAAGGUCGUGAGCAAAGUGGCAGGACAUGAGGACGUCUGUCCUAGAGAUCCUACCCUGCCCAGUUUCAACGUCCUCAACACGGCCAGGAACUCCACCCACACAUCCACCUACCACCUGACUCUAGAGGAGAUCAGUGCGACGACACAAGGAGUGCCCUUCGAAGACCAUCCCUUCAAUCUCCUCCACCGGAAGGCUACCAAAAACUCCCUCGAACGAGAUGCUAAUGGUCUGCAAUUGCCCGAUCAGAGAAGCGACCGUUCGCAUUGCAAAAAGGCCAGAAUUCUCAAGGAUGCAAUGAACUUCGCCCUCAAAACAUAUCCUACUUUAGAACAUCUGAUUUUACUCGAGUCGGGAUACGGCCUCGCUAAGAAUUUUGUGAGGUACUUCGAGGAGACGCUGGUCGCACUGAAGGAGGACCCGUCUCUCUACUGUAUCUCCGCCCACAAUCCCCUCGCAAACGCCCGCACCGUGGGCGAUCCGUCCAAGGUCUACCGAGUCGACCACUUCGUCAGCAGGGGGACGCUGAUCCCGAAAAGGGUCGUGGAGGAGAUCGCCAGGGACUUCGUCGUGUUCGAGGACACCGGCAGAGAACUCGAAGGCUCUGCUUUGGACAUUCUAGGGACAUGGCUCUCCUGGUGGAGCAGGAGGAGGAGGCGAGGGUGCAUCAUUCCCAACGUCCCCAGGAUAUGCCACCUAAGGGGGAGGCCUGCCCACGUCAGUGCCACAAGAAUUAUUCAUUACCUGUACAGUCAGGAUCUAUACCAUCAAAUCACAUCGGCCAAGACGCUGGGAGUCGAAGAAAAGGACUGUAGGAAAAAAUCAUUCUUCCCAGAAAAUAUGAAUUCCUCCGAAAGUUAUUCCAUCUCCGUCAAGAUGGAGAAUUAUGACGACGACUUCACCUUCCAUCACGUCAUGAAGUGCUUUGGUCUGGACCUGCCAAGACCUGUGGGGUAUUUCGAGGGUAUUUUCCAACUCUCCUUUCAAAACACAAGUCUCAUGAUUAUGGCUGUUCCAUAUUCGAGGUUUUCACCAGCUCUAAAGGACCCCAACGCCCUCAUACUGGCAGACGUCGGAGAUAAACAGCGCAAAAUUGGAAGAAUGCAAUACCUGAAACACAGGAACCACAAUUUCACGUUCAGUAACCUCCCCGUCGUACGAAUCACAGCGUAGCAAUCUGCUUUCAUGUUCCUUGCGCAUUCCAAGUUCCUUUCGAGUAAGACAAAUUUGUCUCCGAGUAUCUGUGGUGACUUUAAUCUAUGGAUGGACGAUCCAACCAGUGAUGGUGUCGCAGCGUUUAAUGAUUAUGGAAAAUCAGACCUUGAUUGUGGAAUUUGCAGUGUGAUCAAAUACAUCUGAUGAAAGAAACUGUUCAUUUUGAUAAUUGAAGUCCUACGAGGGAUGUGGAAGUGGUGUGGGACCUGGAUAUGCUUCAUACGGGCUGCGUUAAGAGCAAGAGCCCGUGCUGGUAUAAGGCCAGCUUAUAAUCUUCAACAACAACCUGGUUAAGCAGUCAACAGGCAACGAGUAUUUCAUGACCUCUUUUAAACCAGAGUUCUUGGGGAUUUCAGCUUGUAAAAUUUAUCUUGUAUUAAAUGGUACAGGAAGAUCACUUCAACAAGAAAGCUUUUAAACCACUGUUCUUAAGGAUUUUAUACCAGAGUUCUUAGGGAUUUUAGCCUGUAAAUUCAUCUAGUAUUAAAUGGUUCAGGAACGUCAAUUUAGUAGUAUGCUUGGCAAACCAUUAUGCUUUCAAAAUAUGCUUGGCAAACCAUUAUGCUUUCUUUGUGGCUGCAGCUUUUAAACCCUGUUACAUAUUACAUAUAUUAAGAACAGAGACAUGUUUGCUGACUGCAAUGGAUAUUCGCCAAAGUAUUUCUUCACCAUGAACCUUUAUUGCAUUCUUUGUUAAUCCCCUUGACAGAAGUUGAAUCUUGACUGAUAUCCAGCAUGAAAUAUUAGCGUGAUGAAUUUGAUAAAUAAUUCAAUAAAUCUGUUGAUUUUUGUUCAUUAGUAAAACCUUUGUUUCUGAACAGGGAUCUGAUUCUUUCACUUAGCACAGUUUUUUAUUAGUUCCUGAAAAUAAGACGUCUAUGCACCCAAGGCUCUUUUGUCUAUGUUUGAUACUAACUUUAUUCUCAUAAAACGAAAGCCAUUUAUUGUUUUAAGGACUCAUAAAUUAGUGUG